AUGGCUGGUUUAAUUAUACUUGUUGGCCAAGCGGUUGAUGGUUUAAUGACACCAAUAAUUGGUCUACUCUCAGAUCGAUAUUCAUCACAACCCUCUGCACCAUUGUUGAUACCAUCAUUAUCUUCUUCUUCAUCAUCAUCAUCUCAAUCCUUGUCAACAACAUCAUCACCAUCAUCAGUAGAAGCAGUUACGCAUAAUACUGUCAAUCAUCGUUUGCUUAAUUCUAAUGAAUAUUUAAAAAAUCAUCAUAAAAAUUACAUGUCAACAUAUUCUUCCGAUAAUAAUACUACUGAUAGUAAUAAUGAUAAUAAUAAUAAUAAUAAUUUAUCGUUUCGUCAACGAUUCAAAUGGAUUUUUAAAAAAUUACAACCAUAUGGUCGUAAAAUAUGGCAUCUUGUUGGUAGUAUAUUAAUUAUCUUUUCAUUUCCUUUAAUAUUUGGUCCACCACUUGGUUCAUCCAAUGCAAGUACAUUGGCAAAAAUGAUUUAUUAUUUACCAUUAGUGGCAAUUUUUCAAACUGGGUGGGCUGCAGUUCAAAUUACCCAUUUAGCAAUGAUCAAUGAAUUAACUAUGGAAUCAAGUGAACGUACUUUCUUAACUUCAUUACGUUAUUUAUUCACUGUUCUUAGUAAUUUACUUGUUUAUAUUAGUACAUUUUUCCUAUUACAACAUCAACACUCUGAUAAUAAUAAUACUCAUAAUGAUACUAUUCAUAACAAUUCAAUGAAUGGUAUGUUAUCAUUGGAAAAUAUGUAUAAUUACAAUGAAAUUCAAUAUUUUAUGUUACCUAUGGUAAUGACUUCACAUCCAUUGUCAAAAUGUUCAAAUCAAUCAUUAGCUUCACCGUCGGUUAUUGAUUUUGGUAAAGAUGAUAUACCGGCAUUUCAAAAAUUAGGUUUUACAAUUAUUUCUGUUGGUGGAUUAACAAUGUUAUUAUUUCAUUUUGGAGCUUAUUUAACAAUUUACUUGUUACAUUCAUUGCGUUUGCCUAAAAUUACAAUGGCUUCAGUCCCUUUAACAGUAUACCUGACAAGUAUUGCUACUACAAUUGUUCAGAAGCCAAUACAAGAUCGUAUCAGUCGUGAAUUAUCCUGGCAAUCCUCCAGUUCUAUAUCGUAUAUACAUUGCCGCUGGUUUACUUGGAAUUGGUUGUACUAUCCUACUGAUUACAUCUUUAGCAAUGGUAUCAGAUUUAAUAGCAAAAAAUCAACGACAUGGUGCAUUUGUUUAUGGUUAUAUGUCAUUUACUGAUAAAUUAGCCAAUGGUAUUGUUAUACAAAUUAUUGAAUUAUUAUGGAAUGAAUGUUCAUCAUUGACAUAUUAUCAAAAUGUUGAAUCAUAUGGUGUUGGAAUGUUUGUUUUCUGUCAGUUAAUUUUUCUAUGUAUUUAUAAAUGGCAAAAAAAUGUGUAUAUUGCUGCGAAUGUAAAUUCAAUUCAUGAACAUGUAUAAUAAUCAUAUGCAUUGUUAUUGACUGUUGAACAUGUUUUGUUUAAAUUAAUCAAUGUGUAUAUUAUUCAAAUACUAUUAUGGUGAAUUGUCAAAUGAUUUUAUGUGCAUUAUUUUUUUUUGAUUGUACAAUUCUUCGUGACAACUAACUUAUUCGAUAUGUAAGAAGAAGUAUUUUUCUACAACUUGUCUUUCCUUCUUCCCUUUUUAUUAUACUUUCUUCUUUAAAUGAUACGAAGCGGUUAAAUUGAUUUUGUACGUACGUAACUUGCAAUACAAAAUUAGCAUUUUACUUGUGUGUAAAUUCAAUGUUUUUGUCUGUUAAUUAAAUUAUCAACCAUCCAACCUCAUUAAUAAAAAAAGAUGCAAUUUAACUCACUUUGCUUAUUAGCAAUACUUUUAUUUUGUUUCGAAUACAACAAUGAUCUAUUUUUUUUUCAAGUGGAUUCAUUUAUUUAUUUUUUCUUCAAAACAAAUAAAAAAUAUGUUGUGGUAAUGUGUCAAUCUUUAAAAUUACCUCCAUGAUGAAUUUGAACAUUGAAUUUUCUCAUUUGUGAACACUUUACAUGAUAAAUGACAUUUUAAAUUGACCAUUUCCAUGAUGAUGAUUAUCAACAUUAAGAUUGUCUUUCAGACGUGUUUAUUUCAAAAUUUAUAUUGAUUUAAUUUAGGGAAAGAUGUUCAUUUUAGAGAGAGAGAAAAAACGGAAUUUUAUAACUCAAAACACUGGAUUCUUACAUAAUUUGUUUUAAUUAUACAGUCAUUGAAUUAUCAAGUGGUUACCAGUUAUUUUUUUAAAAGAGAUUAUAAUGUAUACUACACACAUAAUGAGAUGAACUAAUUGAGAAGAAAUAUGUUCUCAUCUAGUUUGUUUCUAUAUUUUUCUGAUAAAAAAAUCUUUUGGCAGUAUAAAUUUUAAAUGAAUCUAUUUAAACUGAUUUCUUUUAUUUUGAGAGAGAGAGAGAUGUUUUUACUUUUAUGCUAAUUUUGAUUUAUAUUUCUAGUUUGUUUAUCCUUGACACUGACUUUCUUUAUUCCAGUGAGAUAUUUUUAUUAUGAUAAUCAUCCUAAAGAUUGGGAAUGUAUUUUGUUUUUUUAAGAAAAAAUAGAAACAUUUAAUACAAUCUA